AUGAUUUGCUUUAUAGUUAAAUUAUUGAUUUUUAUAGUGGCUUAUGUAGUUCCUAGUGGAAUGGCAUUUCAUGGAAUGAAGAAUAAGAGAUAUGAUAUGGUAGAAUAUUAUUUAAAAUAUAUAUAUUUUUUCGUUGUAUUUGAGCAUUUAAUAACACCAACAUUCGGAAGAUUUAUUUCGGGAAUAAACUGUUUUAUUUGGGGAAUAAUACACUUAUCACUUUAUGUUGUUUUAAUUAUUCCCAAAUUUAAUUAUUUAAAUAAUAUUUAUGAAAAAGUAGCUAAAAUAAAUGGUGAUAAUAAUAUUAGUUUUUAUUUCAACAAUUAUAUUAUUUCCCCCUUAAAUAUGAAAGCUAAUGCAAUUAUAAAAAAAUUAAAGACAUUAUAA